AUGACGAAACAUUCAUUGAUAGACCAUAUAUUCAAAGACGACGAUCACAAUAGCGACACUACACCUGACGAUGAUCAUGGAUUCCUCAACGUGAACAAUUGCUCGCAACAGCAUUUCGCCGAGCUGCUAAGCCAGUCCAGAGAGAGCCAUCUCAUGAGCCAGCAUCCUCGUCCAGAUAUGCCUAAACCACAGACAGUCGUUGAGUAUAUCAUCUACUUUGUUCACUACAUUCAGCAAAAGACGAGCAACAAGUACCGGCCCAGUGGCUAUUGGCGUUAUGCAAUAGGCGUCUACAAGAAUCUGUUUCUUGUAUUCUACUUUAAUUGGUUUGCCAUCUUUACUUCGCCCUUGAGCUCCUUGGCUUUUAUCCUUGUUUAUCCUACACUGAGCAGCGCAUUGUUCGCUUUCGAAAUUGGCCUCAAGAUAUUUAUGGACUAUUUAGGUGGUGCAAAGCUCGUGGAACGCAUUAGCCAAGACUAUGGGCACAACCUUAGUAUUAUCAAUUGGGGUGCUCCUCAAUUGCUGCUUUCUCCUGACACAAGGCGCUUAAUUCAAACGACACUACUCGUACUAGGUAAAACGGCAGAUGCAACUCAAAUGAAAGGUGAUGUCGAUCAUCGUCAUCGUACAUUUGAUAUUUCCAUCGCAGAGACAAUGACAGUGCUCUCUUCCUUGAUCUAUGAAAGACAGGACAAAAAGGUAACCAAAGCCUUCAAGACGCUCUCCGACUUUAACAAGACGCAACAGCCAAAGCAAACAUACGAACAGAUAGAAUUAGAAAUGAAGAGAUUGGUUUGGGAGUCUGAAAAGUCUAUUAGAAAGAUAGCCCGUACCUAUGGCCUUCACUUCGCUGGUGUGACAGAGCUAAAGUCGUUGGGAGGUCCCUUUUGUGGUCUCUACUGGCCUGUUCAUAGUGAGGACGAUAGCCAAGAUCCAUUCAUCAUCGUGUCUUUCAAGGGAACAACACCGCAAAACUAUUCCGAGUUCUUGGUAGAUGCCACAUUACAGCGUACAGAUGCACGAGCUUACUUGUUUGGAUCUGCACAUGAAGGAUUCUAUGACAGUCUGUUUCCAACGAGCAUCGAUUCAGGCACUGACAGCAGAGACCCUUAUUAUGCUAUUCAAUCGGCCAUUGAAGAAAAGGCAAGACAGCUGCAAAAGAAGUUCAAGACUAGGAAGCCUGUUCAGGUCUGGGUGAGUGGCCAUUCUUUGGGAGCCUCUUUAGGCGUGCUCUUGUUUGCUAGAUGGCUGAAAUGCCCUCAAGACAUCGAGCCCUUAUGUGAAUUACGAGAUGCCUAUCUCAUCGGCACACCAGCAGUAGGAGACAAUGAUUUCGCAUCUAUCUUUGCCUCUCACUCCAACACGCCAUUGACUCGAUCAUCCACCUUGUGGAGAAUCAUCAACAAGUCGGAUGUCGUAUGUCGCAUUCCUCCUGGUUACAACAACAGAACCGUGGGUCACUAUGUGCCAACCACCGACUUCUUCAACUACUCACAUGUCGGCCACGCUGUCCAGAUCACACAUCCCAUGUUGAAUCCAGAACCAUUAGAGAUUUAUCCUUCUAGUUACCAGCCCAACCUCAACGUAGAUAUUGUGGUAUCUUCUGCUUACUCUCCAUCUCAUCAAAAGACGACAGGACCCAAUCCAGCCAUGUCAGCAUCCAGCAAGGAUCUCACUGCCAAUUAUCCUUGGUGGUGUAGGCCCUUUCUCAAAAAAGUCAUCAACCCGAUUCCCUUUAUUGAAUCCUUCUACCCAUUUUUUCUCCGAGAUCACAUUCCCAUUCAUUACUUUGAGGGUUUGGAGCGUGCACGUGGCUAUUAUAUAAAGGAAAAGCAUGUGUGA